AUGUCAUUUUUGCUGAACUGGUGCCAGGGAGAGGGGGUAGACCCAACUCAUGCAUUAAUAGUCAAAAGUGUUCCUAAAGAUGCCCUUAAUGAAGCUAUUGAGGGCCAUCUUAACGCUAUUAAGUGUCUUGGACGUGUCAAAGUGAAAGGACGGAUGUUUGAUCCCGAAACUCGGGGCCUUGUGGUGCUAUGUGCAUGUAGCCAGACAGUGAACAUCGAUGCAAUUCCCCCAGAAGUGAGGCCUGAAGAGGGAGAUCCAUGGCAACUAAGUAUACCCCUUGACUCAAGCGCUCAAUCAGUGGUCCCCCCUGACACCCCUAUAGCUAUGUCAACCGACUCAGAUGCUGGAGUAGCAGGUACCCCUGACACCUCCAGUCCCAGUGACCCACAUUUCACCGCUCUUCUAAAAACAGUGGGGGAUAUACUGGAGAAAGUCCCAAGGCCAAUUGCCCCGGAGAAUACAGCUUUUCGAAGGUUACGUCCCUUUUCGGGGACUGCACCUACUCCCAACGGAGAAGAGAACCUAGAUACUUGGCUUAUGCAGGCCCGCCUAAUGGUUGAUGAGUGUGAAUGUUCAGCGAGUGAAAAGCGCAAACGAAUUAUUGAGAGUCUCAAGGGUCCAGCUCUUGAAAUUGCGCAGGCUGUUAGGUCCAGCGAUCCCCAAGCCACUCCCCAAGAUUAUCUGGGAGCUUUGGAACAAGCUUUUGGUUCAGCGGAGUCAGGGGAAGAUCUAUACUAUGCUUUCCGGGCGCUACGACAACAUGCAGGGGAGCGACUCUCAGACUUUUUGCGACGUAUGGAACACGCCCUGACUAAAGUAGUGUUCAGAGGCGGUGUGAUGGCAUCACAAAGAGAUCGUAUAAGAGUUGAGCAACUUCUCCGAGGGGCUGUGGAAUCUGAUUUGAUGCUGGUGCAGCUGAGGCUUCGUGAACGCAAAGAGACACCUCCAUCCUUUUUGCAGUUAUUAAAAGAGAUAAGAGAAGAAGAAGACCAACAAGCCGUACGGCAAAGGCCUGGCCUUGCAGUUACUAAAACGGCUGUUAGGCAAGUACGAGCUACUGAUGACGAGCUUAAGCCCCAGGAUGCGGCUAAGCUAAAGCAAGAGAUAGACCAUCUUAAGGUCCUGGUAGCUAAGUUGUCUGCCAAGGACUCUGGCCCCAGUCUUCCAGCCCAGGAAUCAGAAACCGUGCUAGCACCCUGA